CUCUGUAACUGUAAGGCGGACACACCAGCUCCCCGCACCCGCAGUGCCACCAGCCUUCCGCUUCCUGCAGCUGCCAUGGCUGCCACUCCCGUGUCCAUGCCCCGCAUCAAGCUGGGCUCGCAGGGACUGGAGGUCUCGGCGCAGGGCCUUGGCUGCAUGGGCAUGUCGGCCUUCUACGGCCCGCCCAAGCCCGAGCCCGACAUGGUCAAGCUUAUCCACCAUGCCGUCGCUGCCGGGGUCACCUUCCUCGACACCUCCGACGUCUACGGCCCGCACACCAACGAGAUCCUCCUCGGCAAGGCGCUUCAAGGUGGGGUACGGGAGAAGGUCGAGCUGGCCACCAAGUUCGGCGCCUCCUUUGCCGACGGGAAAUGGGAGAUCCGUGGCGACCCAGCUUUCGUGCGGGCGGCGUGCGAGAGCAGCCUCAAGCGGCUCGGCGUCGACUGCAUCGACCUCUAUUACCAGCACCGCGUUGACAAGAGGGUGCCCAUCGAGGUCACGAUUGGUGAACUCAAGAAGCUAGUGGAAGAAGGAAAGAUAAAGUACAUAGGAUUAUCCGAAGCAUCUGCAUCCACAAUCCGAAGAGCUCAUGCAAUCCAUACUAUCACUGCAGUACAGCUUGAAUGGUCAUUAUGGUCUAGAGAUGUAGAAGAAGAUAUAAUUCCCACUUGCAGAGAACUUGGAAUUGGAAUUGUGGCUUACAGUCCACUAGGCAGAGGUUUCUUCUCCAGUGGAGCAAAACUAGUUGACUCACUAUCUGAGCAGGACUCCCGCAAGAAUAUGCCUAGAUUUCAACCAGAGAAUCUUGAGAAGAAUGCUCAGAUAUUCGAGCGUGUGAAUGCAAUGGCAGCACGAAAAGGAUGCACACCAUCGCAACUCGCAUUGGCUUGGGUUCACCACCAAGGAAGCGAUGUUUGCCCCAUACCUGGCACAACAAAAAUUGAGAACUUUAACCAAAAUGUCAAGGCACUGUCUGUGAAGCUUACACCAGAUGAGAUGGCUGAACUCGAGUCGUACGCUGCGGCAGGUGAAAUCUUGGGUGACCGGUAUGCUCAAGUGGCCUACACUUGGAAGGACUCUGAGACCUUGCCAUUAUCUUCAUGGAAAAUUGAGUAGCCAAUCUGGUAUUUUCAACCGUGUCCUCCGCCCAUUGCCGUAUCUCCAAGUUGUGCAGAGGAUGCCCAGGUCCACUUUGCGAGUUUUGAUGUUUGGUACAAAAUGCGUAUUGCAUGCCUCAUUUUGUAUAUUUAUGCUUAAAGGUUAAAACCGCUGAUGCGAUGAAUAACUAUGUGCAUUGUAUAAAGAUGUCAAAGAGUAUUUACCAAGAGUAGCAAACUGGAUUUUGUAAAGAUAGAAGAAAUGAGACCAUAAUACGUUGAGUA